AUGCUUGCUCCUGAGCUAUCUCUCCCUUGCAUCACUGCUAGCCAUCUCCUUCCCCACUACUAUCACUCCCCGUCCCAAACACUACCCUUCCCCCUCGCGGCCAUUCCCCUUCCCCCAUCAAUAUCACUGCACUUCACUGUCGCAUUCUCACCCGCUCCCCCUCCACACUCGCCCACCGCUAGCCAUCUCCCUCCCCAUUGCUAUCUCUCCGUCCCCGUCCAUCUCACUCCCCUUCCCCCACGCGGCCAUUCCCCCUCCCCCGUCACAAUCACCCCCGCACGAUGUCGCAUUCUCUCCCCUUCCCCCUCACUUGCAGGCACGUCCCCCCCACCUGCGCCACCGCCCCUUCCCUCGUUGAUAUCACUGCCCUUCACAUCCGCAUUCUCACCCCUGCCCCCUCCACAAUCGUGGAGCCCCGAACCCCCCCCCCCCCCCCCCCCCCCCACCCCCGCCAUCCACUGCUCGUCGCCUUCGCCUUCCCUCCCGCCUCCCUUCCCAAUAGCUUCCCCCCAUCCGGUCUUCUGCUUCCCCCUCUCCCCUUCCCUGCUUCCCCAUGUCCCCCCAUCCUCUUCAUUCUUUCCCCUUAUCCCAAUCCCUGCUUCCUCCCACCCGGUUCUCUCCAUCCCCCCCUCUCCUUCCCUACUUCCCCAUGCACCCUUCCCACCUUCCCCAUGUCCCCUGCCCCAUGAACCCCCAUCCCCUUCCCAGCUUCCCCCUAACCCCCUCCCAGCGUCCCCCCAUCCUCUUCGUUCUUUCCCUCUAUCCCAAGCUCUGCUUCUCCCCAUCCGGUUUUCUGCAUCCCCCCCUCCCCUUCCCUGCUUCCCCAUGUCCCCUUCCCACCUUCCCCACGUCCCCUGCCCUGAUUCCCCCCAUCCCCUGCCCUGCUUCCCCCCAUCCCCUGCCCUGCUUCCCCCCAUCCCCUUCCCUGCUUCCCCCCAUCAGAUUCCCGCCUCGCCCCCAUCCCCCUCCCUGCUCCCCCUCAUCCCCCUUCCUGCUUCCCUCCAUCCCCUGCCCUGCUACCCCCCCUCCCCUUCCCUGCUUCCCCCCAUCCCCUUUCCUGCUUCCCCCCAUCCCCUGCCCUGCUUCCCCCCAUGUCCCCUGCGCUACUUCCCCUCAUCCCCUGCCCUGCUUCCCCCCCUCCCCUUGCCUGCUUCCCCCCAUCCCCUUCCCUGCUUCCCCCAUCAGAUUCCCGCCUCGCCCCCAUCCCCCUCCCUGCUCCCCUUCAUCCCCCUCCCUGCUUCCCUCCCUCCCCUUCCCUGCUUCCCCCCAACCCCCUCCCUACUUCCCCUCAUCCUCUUCUUUUCUUCAUCCCCCCCUCCCUUUCCUUGCUUCCCCAUGUCCCCUUCCCACCUUCCCCACGUCCCCUGCCCUGCUUCCCCCCAUCCCCUGCCCUGCUUCCCCCCCUCCCCUUCCCUGCUUCCCCCCAUCCCCUUCCCUGCUUCCCCCCAUCAGAUUCCCGCCUCGCCCCCAUCCCCCUCCCUACUCUCCCUCAUCCCCCUGCCCUGCUUCCCCCCCUCCCCUUACUUGCUUCCCCCCAUCCCCUUCCCGGCUUCCCCCCCUCCCCUUCCCUGCUUCCCCCCAUCCCCUUCCCACCUUCCCCUUGUCCCCUGCCCUGCUUCCCCCCCUCCCCUGCCCGACUUCCCCUCCUCCCCUUCCCUGCUUCCCCCCAUCCCCUUUCCUGCUUCCCCCCAUCUCCUGCCCUGCUUCCCCCCCUCCCCUUACCUGCUUCCCCCCAUCCCCUUCCCUGCUUCCCCCCAUCAGAUUCCCGCCUCGCCCCCAUCCCCCUCCCUGCUCCCCCUCAUCUCUAUGCCCUGCUUCCCCCCCUCCCCUUCCCUGCUUCCCCCCAUCCCCUUCCCAGCUUCCCCCCCUCCCCUUCCCUGCUUCCCCCCAUUCCCUUCCCACGUUCCCCUUGUCCCCUGCCUUGCUUCCCCCCCUCCCCUGCCCUGCUUCCCCUCCUCCCCUUCCCUGCAUCCCCCCAUCCCCUUUCCUGCUUCCCCCCAUCCCCUGCCCUGCUUCCCCCCCUUACCUUGCCUGCUUCCCCCCAUCCCCUUCCCUGCUUCCCCCCAUCAGAUUCCCGCCUCGCCCCCAUCCCCCUCCCUGCUCCCCGUCAUCCCCCUCCCUGCUUCCCCCCAUCCCCUUCCCUGCUUCCCCCCAAGCCCCUCCCUGCGUCCCCCCAUCCUCUUCAUUCUUUCUCCUUAUCCCAAGCCCUGCUUCCCCCCAUCGGGUUUUCUGCUUCCCCCCAUCCGGUUUCCAGUGCUUCCCCCCAUCCCCUUCCCGGCCUCCCCCCCUCCCCUUCCCUGCUUCCCCCCAUCCCCUUCCCACCUUCCCUUUGUCCCCUGCCCUGCUUCCCCCCCUCCCCUGUCUUGCUUCCCCUCCUCCCCUUCCCUGCUUCCCCCCAUCCCCUUCCCUGCUUUCCCCCCUCCCCUUCCUUGCCUCCCCAUGUCCCCUCCCCACCUUCCCUAUGUCCCCUGCCCUGCUGUCCUGCUUCCCCCCCCCCCCUUCCCUGCUUCUCCCCAUCCGCACCCCUGCUUCUCCCCAUCCCCUGCACUGCUUCCCCCCAUCAGAUUCCCGCCUUGCCCCCAUCCCCCUCCCUGCGACCCCUCAUCCCCCUUCCUGCCAGUGUCCCCCCACGCACGCCCUCCCCUCCCUCACCGCAUGCACUCCCCUGCGCCGUAUCUAGCUCUCCCUUUUCCCCAAAUCUGCCUCCCCCUAUCCCCACCGCUAGCUCUCCCCUCCCCCGUCGCGAUCUCGCCCUCCCCGUCCCUCUCACUUACCUUCCCUCACGCGACCAUUCUCCUACCCUCGCCAGGGUCACGCCCUCUCGCUGUCGCGUUCGGAUGCCAUUCCCCCUCGCUACUCCCUAAACCUUCCCCCCAUGCACGCCCUCCCCUUAACCCUGCUGUAUCAACCGUGCCGCCCCAUAUAAGCACUCACCUUUCCCAUCAACUCAAUCCCACAGCAACAUGA